GAGCGAGCCGGGAAGCGCUAGGGGUGUUGGGUGCCGCAGCACUUUUUACAACUGCACUGGGGGAAGGGCUUGAACCGGCAUUGGAUUUAAAAGCACUUAUACCUCGGAUACAACCUCUGUCUGUAUUAAGGAUUGGCGAACGCUGCGGGGCACCGCAACAAGCAGGGAAUUUGGAGGUCUCGCUGCAGGAUAUCUGUAAGAAGCCCAAAAUGCCUCUAACCUCCAACUUUCCGAGUAAGAACUAUGACUAUGAAUAUGACUCCAUCCAGCCCUUCUUCUACUUCGAAGAAGAGGAGAACUUCUACCAGCAGCAGCACAGCAGACUGCAGCCUCCAGCCCCCAGCGAGGACAUCUGGAAGAAGUUUGAGCUACUGCCCACGCCACCUUUGUCUCCCAGCCGUAGCCUGUCCAGCCUCUUCCCAUCUACAGCUGAUCAGCUGGAGAUGGUCACAGAGUUCCUGGGUGGGGACAUGGUCAGUCAGAGCUUCAUCGGGGAGCCAGACGAUGAGGCGUUUGUGAAGUCCAUCAUCAUCCAGGAUUGUAUGUGGAGUGGCUUCUCGGCGGUGGCCAAGUUGGAGAAAGUGGUGUCUGAGAAGCUGGUAAAUUACCAGGCUUCUAGGAAGGAGAACUUGGUGUCUUCACAAACCCAGAGUCCACAGCAACCCAGCCCGGAGAAGACUCUUUCCUGCCAGAGCAGUCCCAGUGCAACAGACAGGGCUGGUCACAGCUACUUACAGGACCCUAGUUCAGAUUGCAUAGAUCCUUCGGUGGUCUUUCCCUAUCCGCUGAAUGACAGCAUUUCCAAAAGCACCUCUGGCUGCAUGGACAUCAUCUUGGACACCCCACCCAACAGCAACAGCAGUGACUCUGAGGAGGAACAAGAUGAGGAGGAAGAUGAUGAUGAGGAGGAGGAAGAAGAAGAUGACGAGGAGGAAGACGAAGAAGAGAUUGAUGUUGUCACAGUAGAGAAAAGGCAGACCGCCUCAAAGAGAAACGAAUCCAGCACUCGCGUUCACCAGUCUAGACCCCACCACAGUCCUCUAGUCUUGAAGCGGUGUCAUGUGCCCAUUCACCAGCACAACUACGCGGCACCUCCUUCGACGAGAAUGGACUACCCGGCCUCCAAAAGGGCAAAGUUAGAAAGCAACACCAGAGUCCUCAAACAGAUCACCAACCGCAAGUGCUCGAGUCCGAGGUUAUCGGACUCGGAAGAAAACGACAAGCGAAGGACACACAAUGUUCUAGAGCGCCAGAGGCGGAACGAGCUCAAGUUGAGCUUUUUUGCGUUGCGCGACCAGAUACCGGAGGUAGCGAACAACGAGAAGGCCCCAAAAGUAGUCAUCCUCAAAAAGGCAACGGAAUAUGUUCUUUCGAUGCGGCAAGAGGAAGAACGGCUUCUUCGAGAGGAGGAACAGUUGAAGUUAAAAAAAGAACAGUUAAAACACAAACUCCAACAGCUCAAGUUAAGGAACUUGAAUUUGUAAAAGCGAUCAUUUAAGCAUAAGACUUCUUAAAAACUCUGACAGACUAUUUCGAGGUUGUCUCGUUCAGGAGACCCAUCAGAACUGUAGAACAUGGACAGAAAUGCAUGCAAUUGAUUCAAAACUACACAACCUUGGCAUGGUCUUGAAAGAAAAGACUAUUGCCAGCACCUUAAACUGCCUCAUUACUUUUAAAA